CUAUAUAAUAUAGACUAGUACACUACAAGGCAAGAGAAGAAAUAAAGAGCACGCCUGUCCCUAAGAUUAUCCCUCUCUCAUGUCUUCUCUGUGGGAUCGGACAAAGAUGGAGAUGUUUAAGGGGAUUGUGGCUCCGGCAAGGGUGAUGGGGAUGGGGUUGGUGGUGUCAUGGGGAUACAAGGCAGUUAUAGCAGUGAGGCCACCGCCACCAAAAAAAUGUGGGUCUAAAGGAGGGCCUCGAAUCACAGCUCCAAGAGUCAAGUUAAGGGAUGGAAGACAUUUGGCUUACAAGGAAUUUGGAGUCCCUAAACAACAUGCCAAUUAUAAGAUCAUCUUCAUCCAUGGUUUCACUUCCUCUAGACAUAAUGCAUCACUCCUUUCCACUGAACUUUCUCAUCGUCCGGAAAUUAUUGAAGAUCUAGGUGUGUACGUGGUGGGAUUUGACAAACCAGGGUAUGGAGAAAGUGACCCCAAUCCUAAACAAUCUGUGAAGAGUUUGGCUUUGGAUAUUGAAGAGCUUGCUGAUAAUUUGGGACUUGGAUCCAAAUUCUAUGUGCUUGGACAUUCCAUGGGCGGCCAAGCCGUAUGGGGUUGUCUCAAGUGCAUUCCUCAUAGGCUUGCAGGAGCAGGACUAAUGGCUCCUGUUAUAAACUAUCGGUGGCCAUCAUUGCCAGCUGAGUUGUCGAGAGAGUGCUAUUACAGACAGCCAAAAGGAGACCAAUGGGCACUAAGAGUUGCUUACUACAUGCCAUGGUUGACCUAUUGGUGGAACACUCAAACUUGGUUCCCGUCUUCCUCCGUUAUAUCUCAAAAUCCUAUCAAUUUCUCUGCUCAAGAUCUCAAAAUUUUCAACAACUCACUGUCAAAAAUGUCUCCAGAAAAGGAAAAGCAGAAGAUAUACUUAAUCAUUUUAUAAAAAUGUUGCUAUAAUAAGUAACUUCCUAACACUAGUUAAGAUGACUUAUAUGUAGAGAUGCACAUUUUUUCUCCGGAGGGAGGCGGGGCGUAGCCGGGACCUGCCCCUAAUGACAUUUUUUUGAUAUCUUUA